UGGGAAAACCCAACUUUUAGGUCAGCAUGCGCAAUAGGCAAUGGAAAAUGCAGCGUCGGAGCUGACAGCUCCUGGUGCCCUUAGGGAUAGGGAUGUGGUAGCCAGACUUCAUUUCUAAAGGGACUGCAGCAAGCCAACUAGGACUCAAAGCAGCUGGAACCGACGAUGAGGGGCUCAGCAGGCUUCCUCCUUUGCUCACUGCUGCUGAUGGCCCCCCACCACACAGAGGUGGCCGCCCAGGAUACUCAGCCUGACCCAAAAACACCAUGUGCCAAUUGGAUGGGAGGAGCACCUGGCUACCCCGGCCAUAACGGACUCCCUGGCAGGGAUGGAAAAGAUGGAAAAGAUGGACUAAAAGGAGAGAAAGGAGAACAAGGUACGCAAGGACCCAAAGGUGACCAAGGCGAAACAGGAGCUCCAGGGCGGGAAGGGCCAAGAGGAUUUCCUGGAUACCCAGGGCAGAAGGGGGAGAAGGGUGAAGGUGCCUUUGUCUACCGCUCUGCCUUCAGCGUGGGGCUGAAGGAGAGAGCCCCCCAUCCCAACGUCCCCAUCCGCUUCAGCAAGAUCUUCUACAAUGAGCAGAACCACUACGACCCCAGCACCGGCAAGUUCCUCUGCAGCAUCCCUGGCACAUACUACUUCGCCUACCAUCUGACAGUCUAUCUGACAGAUGUCAAGGUCAGCCUCUACAAGAAAGACAAGGCAGUGAUCUUCACCUACGAUCAGUUCCAGACAAACAACGUUGACCAAGCGAGCGGCUCCGUCUUGCUGCACCUCAGCUCUGGGGACGAGGUCUGGCUUCAGGUGUACGGGGAGGGGGACAACAACGGUGUCUACGCCGACAACAUCAACGAUUCCACUUUCAUGGGCUUCCUCCUGUACCCAGACCCAGAUGUCCAUUAAAGCAGGGGAUGCUACAUGGGAGAGGAUAAGGUGGCUUAACCCUGGAUGGUGUCCUGGGGCACUGGCGCUAUAGCUAUACUGUAUUUACCAGAAAAUUGCCUUUUGCGGGGGCAACGAUUGCCAAGGGUGGACCCUAUCGCCUGUGAAAUCAGUGAGGUUAGACACGAGUGACUUUUGUGGGACCAAGAGUUCACUCCUACCUCUGCUCUUGCUCUCCCUGUGGAAACCUGGGCCCAAAGUCAAAUACCACUCCUGCCACAUCAUGAGAGAGUAACUCUCAAGAUGGGCUAACCUCUUUUUAAAUUUAAAACUGAUAAGAGAAAAAAUUGGUUAUAUUUAAAUAUUAUAUUGUAAAUUUGCCUUGCUGAACCACCUAAAUUCAUUUAAAACAGGGGUACGGGUUUUAAAAUUUGAAUGGAAGAGGGAGAAGACUAUUCCCAAAAGCCAUCUCUGCUCUUGUUUUCAGCUGGAACAGAUGACUCCGUUUUUUCCACUGUAAUUCCCUCUGUUAUUAGGACCUUUGACUUCCACCCAUGGUUUGUUGUCUCCCUUCUUUAGUCCAGAUCUUUGAAUAUAUUCAGAUUAUUAACUUUCAUUGAGUUUAAUCCUUUGAUUUUCCCUUUAUGUUUAUCCCUUAUCAUUAUCUCUAUUGUAGACAACACGCUCAGUUAGGGCAGGGAUCUUGUCUUUUGAUUUAUCUGAAAAGCCUUAUGAACGGAAAUGAGGCUGCACAACAAAAGCAGCCCAUUUAUUGCAGGGCUUUGAGGAACCCGAUGUGGUCACAGACAUGUCAGCCACGGUUUGGAAAUGUAGGCAUCUCCCCUGCAAACACCUGUCUGACCAGGGAACAGAAGGUCCCUCAAGCCCCCUGGGCAGAGGGGGCCUCGUUGUGCAGGUGACACUUCCCAAAUCACUCAUCUGGCACAUCAGCUGGGCAGAGCUUCAGAUGGUGCAAUCACCCAUGUUGAGUGGGCUCCUGGGACAUCCCCAGGACCUGCCCUAGCUCUCAACACAUUUAGCUCAAUGAGGGAAGAGUAUUAAAGCAGAGAUUAGUAGCAAUCCCAUCAAACUGCUCUCCAAGGAGCUUGUUUGACUUCUAGCUAAAAGAGGAUUUGAUGGCUUCUCAGAUACAUUCAAAGAAGACGCUCAUUAAGCUUCAGAAUAAGCUAACACAGAUCAGCACUAAUGCAUUAUUACAAGCAAAAACAUGGCAUUAAGAGCUUCAACUGAAAUUACUUCCAACAGCAGCAUUUUCUACACUCUAGUGAAUUACUUUACAAAUAAUAACAACAAUAAAGAACUCAUUCAAUAAGAA